AUGGGAGGUGGCCUCCCCAUCUGGCGAUGCCGACCCGCCUCCACCCUCAAAACGGUCCACUUGGUGCCCAUUCCCACCGCCACAGUCUUCCGUCUCGUUCACCUAAACACCAAAAGCCAGCGCGCGGCCUGGAUCCAAGAAAACACGGAGUGGUCGCGGACUCUCGUUCGCAUCAUCCAGCAACGCCAACAACGUCGGAUCGAAGUGGAGAAAGCACAGGAUCGAGCAGGAUACCUGCCCAUCUGGCGCCAACAACCGAACGCUCAGGAGAAACCUCAAAUUGACUACGAGAAAGAUAUGGCUGAACAGACCUCCGCCCCAGCGUGCUACGAGCGCAUGUGGUCGGUUUCGUUCUUCGGGCUAAUCGUGAGCGGAUUGCUGUACCUGAUCCUUUUCACAACCGACAUCCGAGACAGCAACGGAGGUCAGCUUGGCGGCAACACGACUUGCGAUUUGAUGCCGCGCCUUACGGACGGUUCGACAUUCUCCAUCGUAUACUGGACCGCGGUCGCUGUCGAUAUCGUCUCGAGGUCAGCUGCACUGAUGGCGGUGGUGCAUUUGGCAACAUCGAGCAAGGCACUGUACCAAGCCGAUGCGGCCUCUUACACGCGUUUGUACGAGUAUACAAGGGUUGGGAAUCAUGUCGGGGUUGCGAUGGCGGUCAUCCCGCUUGGUUGGGACAUCGUGUUGACGGUUCGGGGGAAAUGUGAGGGUGAGAUUUGUUCGAAUCUUGCUUUGGCGACGAUGGCGGUCAUGAAUUGGACUUUGCUGGCUUCUAUUGUCGGUGCUCUGUUUCUUGACAAAGGGUACAGAUUCGUAGUAGGCGGGCGGGAGACGGUCUCGGGUAUGUUCAUGUUAAAGAAGAAAUUGCGAGAGGGGGUGUUGGAGAGUGGCCGUGAGCUUUUGGGUCAGGGUGAGCAGGAUUGGGCGUGA